UGCUUUGAUUAUUAACAGAUGACUCAGGGGAUGACUUUUCCCCAUCAUCCCCACCGGUGGCACACGGACAAGGUGGCGGGUCACAGAAUUCAGAAGUUCAGUCUGCUCUCAGAACGCUAGGCAGCAAGGUGGAGGAUCUGAGCACAUGCAAUGACCUAAUUUCAAAGCAUGGCUCUGCCCUCCAGAGGUCUUUAUCAGAACUGGACAGUUUGCGUCUGACUGGAGAGGCUGGGGAUAAGAUCCGUCAGGUGACGGAGAGGGCCACACUGUUCCGCAUCACCUCUAAUGCCAUGAUUAAUGCGUGCCGAGACUUCCUCUCGCUGGCUCAGGCUCACAGCAAGCGAUGGCAGAAGGCCCUUCAAGCAGAGCGGGACCAGCGGGUAAGGCUGGAGGAGACUUUAGAGCAGCUGGCCAAGCAGCACAACAACCUGGAGCGAGCGUUCAGAGGGGCUGCACAGGCUAAUGCAACUGCAGACAAUAAAAGUUCUGCCGGGCCAGGAAAAGGUGAGGCCAGUGACGAGGACGACGACAAUGAGUUCUUUGAUGCCAUGGAAGAGGCUCCUGAGUUUAUCACUGUACCUGCAGAUCCCCAUUUCCACAAAAGGUCAAGCAGUAAUAUCAGCGGUUUCAACAGUGAAAUGUGUCCUGAUGAUCAAUCGGAAUCUCCCUCUCAGGAGUUGAUACCUCUGAAGAAGAGGAGGACACGCAUUCCAGACAAGCCAAACUACUCUCUCAACCUGUGGAGUAUCAUGAAGAACUGUAUUGGCAAAGAGCUGUCCAAGAUCCCCAUGCCUCCGGAUUCACUCGACACACCAUAA